CAGACAUCAUGGCCUCCGCAGCUCAGGAGGAUUUGCCGGAGAACCGGGAGGGUUUAGCGGCCUCAGGAGACACCGGGACACCGGGGGAAGACACCGGGAUGGCUGGAUCCCGGACAACAACCUUCGUUCAGAGACACAGCCGGAGAAGGAGCUCUGAGAGCAGCAUGGAGGAGAACAAAGAGACCCCUGGAGCUCAGAGACACAGCUGGAGAAGGAGCACUGAGAGAAACACGGAAGAGAACAAAAAGACCCCUGGAGCUCAGAAACCGAAAGGAAGAGAGAGAUGUCACAGCUGUCCGCAAUGUGACAAAUCCUUUACAUCAUCUGGAAAUUUAAAGCGCCACCUGCGUAUUCAUACAGGAGAGAAACCAUACAGCUGUGAAGAGUGUGGGACAACGUUCACUAGAUCACAUCAUCUCAAAACACAUCAACGUAUUCACACUGGAGAAAAACCGUACCGGUGUGAAGAGUGUGGGGAAACGUUCACUACAUCAGGUAAUCUAAAUUCACAUCACCGUAUUCACACUGGAGAAAAAACGUACAGGUGUGAAGAGUGUGGGAAAACAUUCACUAAAUCAGGUACUCUAAAUUCACAUCACCGUAUUCACACUGGAGAAAAACCGUACUGGUGUGAAGAGUGUGGGAAAACAUUCACUAAAUCAGGUACUCUAAAUUCACAUCACCGUAUUCACACUGGAGAAAAACCGUACUGGUGUGAAGAGUGUGGGAAAACGUUCAAUAGAUCAGAUGCUCUCAAAAGACAUCACCAUAUUCACACUGGAGAAAAACCAUACUGGUGUGAAGAGUGUGGGAAAACGUUCACUACAUCAAGUGAUCUCCAAAAACAUCACCGUAUUCACACUGGAGAAAAACCGUACAGCUGUGAAGAGUGUGGGAAAACGUUCACUACAUCAAGUGAUCUCCAAAAACAUCACCGUAUUCACACUGGAGAAAAACCGUACUGGUGUGAAGAGUGUGGGAAAACAUUCACUACAUCAAGUGAUCUCCAAAAACAUCAACGUGUUCACACUGGAGAAAAACCGUACUGGUGUGAAGAGUGUGGGAAAACAUUCACUACAUCAAGUGAUCUCCAAAGACAUAAACAUGUUCACACUGGAGAGAAACCAUAGUGGUUUUAAGAGUGUGGGAAAACGUUUUCUCAAAGUAUUCACCGAAUCCAUUCUGCAUAGUUUUGAACAACUAUGAGAGCCAAGCUAGCUGUUUCCUCCUUCUGAUGUCCUGAGAGCUGUAGUUAUAUUUUAAGAGUCUUUCUGAAUGGAAGUCUGACGAACAGACUUCAAUUCACAGCCAGUCUUGUUUGAUGUCCCUGGGGUCCUCCUCAGCUUUUUAAAUAUCCCUAAAUUCCGCAAAAUAAAAUGGGUGAGGCUUUUCUCCACUACGCUCCCAAACUGUGGAACACCAGGAAAUAUCAGAGAGGCUCAGUGGACAUUUUUAAACGCCUUCUAAAGAAACAUCUCUUUAGAUUAGCUUUUUAUUAGCAACCCCCAACUUUAAAUGGUUCUUUUAGUCUUUAUUAUUUACCUACUUUUAUAUUGUUCAUUUAUGAUAUAGGAAGGGUUUUUAUCUUAUAUUAGUCAUUUAACAGUUUCAAUAACAUUUAUUUUUACGUUGGUUUCUUUAUAUUUUAAUCGUUUAAACUUUAUUAGAAUUAUGAUGUUUUUAUUACUAUUCAUUUGUAUUUGUAUUUCUGUUGUACCUAUAUGUUCACUUUAUUUUAUAGGGUUUUAUAUUGUUGCAUCUAUUCACUUUUCUUUUGUCUUAUCUUUCUGAGAGAAAUCAUAGUUUUUUUUACUGUAUUUAAUUUGUUAUUAUCAUACCUUUUACCUCCUUGUGUAU